AAUCACAACAUGGCCAAUGCGUUUUUACUUAGACCAUACAUAUCUAUGGUCUAAGGUUUUUUAUGUGUAGUCAAAUGAAGUAGGUUUUUAAGAAAUAAAUUGUAUAAACCUUUGGUGCAGAAUUAUUCUAAAUAUGUUUACUUAAAUUCCCAUAAUUUUUACUGGUUUAGCUAGUAUGCAGCAGUUUGUGUUGGAAAUAAUUGCCUUAGCGUAUAUUUGUCAUAGUAAAAUUUAAAAUGUACAUUCUUCAUGUGUGACGACGAAUAUACAUAAUGAUUUUGACGUCAAGAAUACGUGCACAUGUGGGCAGAGACGCGCAGCUAGCGAGAUGUUCGUGGAGUUCGCUGACGGAAAGUUUGCCGCAGAAGACCAGAGUGGUGAUAUGCGGCGGUGGAGUGGUGGGGGCUUCGGUGGCUUACCAUCUCGCCGAGAUGGGCUGGGGCCCCCACACCGUCUUGCUGGAGCAGGGCAGGUGUGGCGGAGGUACCUCGCAGCUGCUGCCCGGCCUCGUGGGCGUGUUCAAGCCCACUCUGACCCAGGUGAAGCUCGCGCAGGCCAGCGUGGAGUUGUACCAGCGCCUCGACGCGCAGGGCUUCGACACUGGCUGGAAGCAAUGCGGCAGCUUGUGCGUCGCGCGCUCCCGCGACAGGAUGACUGUCUACCGCAGGAUGAAGGCCCAGUCUGUAUCGUGGGACAUAGAGUGUGAACUGGUGAGCCCGGAGCAAGCCAGAGAGCGCUGCCCUCUCAUCAGCAUAGAGGACCUGCAGGGAGGUCUGUGGAUCCCUGGAGACGGGGUUGGCGACCCAAGCAAGAUAUGUACAGCCCUGGUGUCUGCUGCGAGGAAGGCAGGGGUGAGCGUGGUGGAGAACUGCGCCCUGCAGCAAGUGCACGCCCCGGCGGGCCGCGUCUCGGGGGUGGACACGUCCCGGGGCAGCGUCGAGUGCCAGUUCUUCGUGAACUGCGCUGGUCUGUGGGCCCGCCAGGUGGGCAAGAUGAGCGAGCCGUACGUGAAGGUGCCCAUCCACGCCGUCGAGCACUACUACCUGCACACCAAGUCCGUCCCGGGACUCGGCCCCUCCACUCCAGUCGUACGAGACCCAGAUGGCCACAUAUAUUUCAGGGAGAGUGAUGGCUGCCUCUUGGCCGGAGGAUUUGAGCCAGUUGCUAAACCAGCCUUCGAAGACGGUGUCAUGCCAGGUGGUCCCGGGGAGCGGCGCCUGCCCGAGGACUGGGACCACUUCCAUGUGCUGCUGGAGCAGAUGCUGGUGCGUGUGCCCUGCCUGGGCAGCGCCGUGCUGGACCGGCUGUGCAACUGGCCGGAGGCCUUCUCCCCCGACUGCAGGUGGAUCGUCGGCCAGGCCCCCGAGAUCCAGAACUACUACGUGGGUGCCGGCAUGAAGACGGUGGGCUUGUCGGCGGCGGGGGGCGUGGGGAAGGCCAUGGCGCAGCUGAUAGUGGACGGCAGCUCUCCCUACGACAUGUACGAGCUGGACGUGAGUCGCUUCCUGGGGCUGCACAACAACCGCAAGUUCCUGCGCGACCGCGUGCGCGAGAUCCCAGGGCUGCACUAUGGGCUCAUCUACCCAUUCCACGAGUUCCAGACGGGCCGCAACCUGCGCAUGUCGCCCAUCUACCCAAGACUGCGCGAGGCAGGGGCCGUAUUCGGCCAGGUGAUGGGCUACGAGCGUCCGUCCUGGUUCCAGAGUCCCUCCGGACCAGGUGAGCUGGUGCCGUACCGGGUGGCGUACACCAACACGUUCAGCAAGCCCCCGUGGUUCGACUGCGUCAGCGAGGAGUACGCAGCGGUGCGGGAGGGCGUGGCUCUCAGCGACUACUCCUCCUUCACCAAGAUCGACCUCUGGUCGAAGGGGCGGGAGGUGGUGGACUGCCUGCAGUUCCUGUGCUCCAACGACGUGGACAUCCCGCUGGGCAGCGUAAUCCACACCGGCAUGCAGAACCCCCGCGGUGGCUACGAGAACGACUGCAGCCUCGUCAGGAUAGCCCACAACCACUACCUGAUGAUCGCGCCCACCAUCCAGCAGACGCGCUGCAAGAUGUGGGUGCAGCGCCACCUGCCGCCCGACGGCUCCGUCACCAUGGCAGACGUCACGUCCAUGUACACUGCCAUCUGCGUGAUGGGGCCCUUCUCCCGGGAGCUGUUGGCGGGCCUGACGGACACCGACCUGUCCCCUCGGGCCUUCCCCUUCUUCACCUACAAGGAACUAGAUGUUGGCUUGGCCAAUGGGGUGCGGGCUUUGAACCUGACCCACACCGGUGAGCUAGGAUACGUCCUUUACAUCCCCAAUGAGUUGGCGCUGCACGUGCACACUCAGCUGGUGGAGGCGGGAGCGCAGUUCGGGCUGCGGCACGCCGGCUACUACGCCAUGAGGGCGCUGCGAGUGGAGCGCUUCUACGCCUUCUGGGGCCAGGACCUGGACACCACCACCACGCCCCUGGAGUGCGGCCGCUCCUGGAGGGUCAAGUUCGAGGUCAGCCCCAUUGUCACGUUCCGCCCGAGCCGAGCGUGCAAGAAAAUCUUCUAUAAUAUCAAACAGAAAGGAGUUGACUUCAUCGGGAAGGACGCGUUGCUGAGGCAGCGCGAACUGGGCGUCACGAGGAUGUACGUGCAGCUGAUCCUGAGUGACCACGACCACGAGGUGGACGUGUGGCCCUGGGGCGGGGAGCCCAUAUACCGCGACGGCCAGUACGUGGGGGCCACCACCACCACCGGCUAUGGCUUCACCUUCAAGAAGCAGGUGUGCCUGGGCUUCGUGCAGCGCCUGGACGGGCGCGGCCGGCCGGGAGUCGUGACGGCGGAGUACGUGACCUCGGGCAGGUACGAGGUGGACGUGGCGGGGAUCCGCUACGAGGCCAAGGUGAACCUGCACUCGCCCAACCUGCCCACCCAGUACCCCGACAAGGAGCGCGGCUCCUACAAGGCCACGCGCCACCACUAGCGCCGUGAAGUUCCUUGCCGCUUCUGCAACACAAGCUUCGCCAGCAUCUCCUGUCCGUCCAACUUCAUCCACUUCUCCUGCUCAGUCCUUCAACCUUUGAAUUGUGUUUUUAUCUUGUUUGUCAUGACCUACUGAUUGGGAGCACGGGGACUAACCUCUGGGCGUGUGGAAGUACCAGCGCUCAGCGUCAGGCACGCUCUGGUGGCGUCACACACGCCGGUCUACAGUCACUCGUGCACAGGGAACACAACUACUGUAUUUAAGUUUAAUACACACCACAGCAUAACAAGCCUCUUGUACUCAACUAACGGCACUAAUAGUUUACGGCAGUCCAGCCACCUUGUGGGUGAACAUUACGCUCUCAUUCGUUUCUGAACUCCAAUAAGCAGAUUGCUAUUUAACUGAUAAAACACUGGAGCCCCCAAGGUAAGCUCCGAAAAGGGCGAAAGCGACUAUGAAGUAACAAGCGACGGGAUGAAUAGUUCAGUUAAUGUAUCAGAUGAAGUUCUCGACGCGUGGCAGUGAGAAGAGACUGGGAUGAGAGAUGGCCGCCGAGGUAGCUGAUCAGCGCGUCUGACACCAAUUUGAAAAAUCUGUUAGGUCUUCCAAAUUCGUGCCAUUAACAGUUUUUAUAUUAAAACAGGAUUUUAAUUUUCAGAUUAUAACACAGUUAUCCAGCCUCAAAAUCAUGCAGUAAAUUACGUAUUAAAGGUACAACUCCAUAAAUGUUCAUGCCCGUUGCUGUAGAGUUGUAACUUCAAUAUAAUAAAAUUAUAGAAUGUUUUUGGAAUCCUGAAAUACAUGUACUCUUAGGGAAUAAAAGAAAAAGGUUUGCGGUAUUAUUUAGUGUUUAUUAACAUAAUGGGGCACUGGUUCUACCUCGUCCUCUAGCGGGAGUUGGUGAUGGUUGUGGCGUGCUGUUCAAACAGUUCACUCACACAUGGCGUGAGGAGGGAGGGAGUCAGUAUCUUCUAACUAGUCUGUGUGUUAUUUAUACAGGCCACUGGUUAGCAGGAGUGUUUGUGUGUUGUACUCUUGCCGAGUCUCCGAAUGUCAGUUGCUUGGAACCAAUGAUUGGUUGCCGUAGGCUGGACAGGAAGAGGGUGGGGAAAUGGCAGUGUUGUAAACAUUGUUAGAAAGGUGAUAUUUGUGCAAAUGCAGAGAGCAUCUAACUCUUUAGAAGUUGAGAGCCAAGAACAUGAAAAAUAUAGGUAAUGUUUCUAAGAUAGAUACAACCAGUAUUUAUUAACUGGUUGAGGGUUGCAGUUCUACUAUUUAUUUUCGUCACAGUUUAAUGGCCUUACAUAUUAGUAUUAUCUACAUUUGUACAGUAUUAACUUCAUUUUGAAGAGUAUUUGAUUUGUUGUGAUGAUUUGUAUUUGUUAUAUUUAAUUUAAUUACUGUGUCUUAAUACAUUUCUGAUAUAUUAAAAAAAAAUACACUGUUUGAGAAAACCUUACUUUUGUAAAUAAAAGUUGGAAGAAUUUUUUUUUUUUAAAUAUUGUUGUACUUAAGAUAUCCAACAGUAUUUACAACUACUAUAUGAACUGAUGUUAUGGAUUUAUACAUGCAGUACACUUCAACUAUACGUAUAAUAUUCAUUUCUUUGUAAUAUUUAUACUGUAAAUAAAAAUACCUUUUACUCUUA